AUGCACCUCGCCCCUUCUGAAGUUAUUGGGUACGUUCUGGAUUCGCCAAUGGUUACCACGGGAGUGAAUAAUUAUUUUAAAGAAAAAGACCUUAUCGAUAACGAAGUGGCAACAACUUUUAUGAAGCGUUGCGAUCACGACCGUGUCUGCAGUUCCCAUUUCAAAGCUCCAGAUACGUUAAUUGCUGCAUAUCAAGAUAUUUUGACCGCUCUCGACAAUCAACCUGACUCAGCGUGUUUUGAGAUAAUAAAUACGAUGAAUGUAACUAAAUCAAAGUGGCCAGCCUCGUUCAAAUUGCGAAGAUUUUUUUCAUCUCUGCUUACAAACCCAAUUUUGUACAUGACAAUUCCUCAAUUCGUGUACCGUCUCAAGCGCUGUCAGCCCCAUGACAUGGAAGUCUUGACGACCUUCAUUGCCAGUGUGAUAGAUACUGGUUAUUUUGAUUCGGGUCCUGAUGAAGACGGCUUUGAAAUGUUGCAACUCCUCAUUUCGUUCUCGGAGUUGUGGGGGAGACCGACACCUUCAUUGGCAGAAUUGAAAAAGCGCUUUACGGACUCUGUCUCAGCCUGGGGCGUGUACGACAACGUUCCUUUGUAUUGUGCUUUCUCAAAAGAACAAUCGAAGGUGUGUGAUAAGUACAAUUUUGGCAGGUAUAAAGCCCGUGCCAUCACUUAUAAGCUCGAUCGAUACUGGAAUGCGAGUGUUACAAUUCCGAGUCAGGCUAGCGUUCUAAUGCUGAGCAGCAAGAUGGAUACGUUAUCAUCGCACAAGUACUCGAGACGCCUAUUCAAAUCCCUCACAAGCAAAAAUAAGGAGCUGAUAACCUGCGAAACUGGUACUGGCGCAACAUUAUCAUCUACAUCCUUUCAACUGAGAUCUCGAUCAGUGGACUCAUGUGGAUUGAGGAUAAUUGUAUCAUAUAUCAAAAGUGACGGUGAUCUUGCUGGUCUGGAAAAGUCGUGUCUUGAUGAGAUGCCAACAUUCAAGACGAUUCCUAUCGACUUUAAUGACGCUAAUUUUACAAACAUACUUAGAACUUAA